AGCAGGAAUAAGGUUCCAUGAAAAAACAACCUUAUUUCUGAACGUUUUCUUUUGGAUCGUCAGCGUGACCAUUGCGGUUUGUUACAUUUGCAUUGUUAAUAAAGUUAUCCAAUCUUACAGGAACUCUGGGAGCAACAACAGCCAGGGCAAGCAAAAAGUCAAACUGCGAGUUUUUUUAGUUAUCAUUGUGUUUUUUGUUUCUUUCGGUCCGUACCACAUUGUCCGGAUCCCGUACACGUUUCAACAAGUCAGCAGUUCCUCCACGACCACUUGCUCGCAGAUUGACAUACAGAUCAAACUCGCCAAGGAACUCACUCACUGGCUUUCUACGACUAACAUCUGCAUGGACCCCCUUCUCUACGUCUUCUUGUGCCGAGAGUUCAAGGAGCAGCUGAUGGCGCUGAUGAAAAAAGUCAAUCGUUGGAUUUAACCCGCCACGCCAUUGGUCUAGACUCGUAACAAGUAGAUGUUCAUCAUUUUUACAGUACUGUCAAAUUACACAUCUAAGUUGAAAGAUUAACUGUCAAAAAAUGUUUUAUGUGCACAAAGUUACUCAUCAUUUCAUACAAAUGACUUACAACUUUCAUUUGCAUUUUCAUUGUACUCUGUUAGUUUUUGUGGUUACAACUGAAGUUGGUCAUGCAUCAAGAACGUUUGCAAGCUUUUAGAUCACAUCGCUCAACACUGUAGAGGAAUUUACAGUGAAAAUAAAUCUGCCAAACUGCUUUUACAACUUUCUGUCACUUCAAUUUCCUUGAAGCGUUGUAAAAAAAAAAAAAAAAAAAAAUCAAAUAAACAUUAGACAUGACAGCUUUUCACUGUGGGUUUGUUGCUCUUAUUUCUGGUAUGUUCAGUGCAUCAAGCUCAUGCAUGUACUGGCAACCCUGUGGGUGUCAAACCACAAGUCUACUUACUGUACCAUUUAGCAUGGGCCUACUUUGCAAACAAACAUGCUGAAUUGGGGCUUGAUUGUGGUAAACACAAGCACGUCAUACAUCAGCUUCAUUAUUCCCAUUUGUACAUAUUUCUGGCUCCAAAAGAAGCUAAAUCCCACCGGAUGUCCUGUUGGAGUGUUCUCAGAAAGUACUAUUUUUACGACAAAAGUUAUGAAGGCAUCGCUUGUUCAUAUUUGAUUUCUAUGGAAGUGUGCAUUCACUGUUAGGACAUUAGGCAGCUGCUGAGACCCAAAACUAAAAAACAACUUUACAAGUGGGACAUAUUGACCCCAUUGUGGCUUGACCACAUUAGGUUCUCUAGUGGGUUGUUGACUGUUAUUAAAUUGUGCAAACAGAUUUUAAAAAAAAAGAUUUUUAUCUGAAAUGGGGUGCAUUUGCAGGAGGUCUUUGCAUGGUAGUUAAGACAAAAAAAAAAAAAAAUAUAGGCCUUCGCAUAUCAACAACCACAGAAACUGACUAAAGUUAGCAGAGGUAGAAGGACUGGCACAGAGCAAAGAAAGCCUCCCAGUUGACAAUUAGAACAGGAAGCGAGGAAGGAAGGGGUUUUUCACCCAGAGGAAGGCUGGCAAACUUAUUGGGGUUGUGACAAGACAGCCACACAGUAGCUGCAGAGACCACCCAUUGUAAUAGAUUCCAAACACACAUACACAAAGAGCACACUCUUAAAUUCAGAGAGAGCUGAGGGGAAACUUUAAAACAGGCAGAGUUGCUGUUUUUUUGUGUGUCUAAAGUCAUAUUAGAGACAAGAAUAAUUUUUUGGGGGAUUUUUUUUUUUUAAAACUUUCUCCAUGUUUUUUUAUUUAUUUUUUUUUUCGUGACUUGACUUGUCCAAAAGGAGAAAAGGGAAUUGAAUAUUCCACCACUUCCUUUUUCUCUCUCUCUUGCUCUGUUUUUUAAUACUGUGGGUUUCUUUUGAAUUUGUGUCACUUUUGUUGGUUCAGGUUACCAUCCGGCUUACAAUAAAGUCUCACGCCUUUGACCUAAAGGGUGUUUUAGACUUUGGUGAACCACAAAGAACCACAAAGGAGAAGAUGAACGGCACCUUGCCUAACGGGUCUUUCAAGUGUGAUAAGGACACACGUGUGACAUCGGUGGUGUUCCCGUGCCUGUACAGCAUCCUUUUCAUCGUGGCUCUCGUUCUGAAUUCCAUGGCUGCGUGGGUCUUCUUUAAGAUCCCAAACACCUCGACGUUUGUGGUCUUUCUGAAGAAUGUGGUGGUGGCCGAUUUGCUGAUGACCCUGACCGUUCCAGUGAAGAUCCUGAGCGACGCAGGAGUGGGCCCCUGGCAGCUGCGUGCCUUUUACUGCCGAUACUCUGCCGUUCUCUUCUACAUCACCAUGUACAUCAGCAUCCUGCUGCUGGGCCUCAUCAGUCUGGACCGCUACCUAAAAAUCGUUAGGCCCUUCGGGAAGUGUGUCCUCCAGCGGGUUCGUGUCGGUCAGCUGGUGUGUGCAGCUGUUUGGAUGCUGAUGCUGUCUUUGGCGCUCCCCAACGUCAUCCUCAGCAAUAAGCUGCCACAUAUCUUGGAUAACAAAUUCAAGUGCUCCUCCAUGAAGGGCGAACCAGGCCUACAUUGGCAUGAAAGAUUCAACUACUUCUGUCAGGUUGUCUUUUGGGGGACACUUGCCUUGAUGGUGGUUUGCUACACAUUCAUCAGCAAGAAGGUUUAUGAGUCAUACAAAGCCUCAAAGAGCAAGUCCCAAGCAGCCCGCCGCAGAACCAAAGCGAAGGUCUUUGUAGUGGUGGGGGUGUUUGUCAUCUGCUUUGCACCUUUUCAUUUGGCUCGCGUACCGUACACUCUGACUCAAACCAGGGACCUGAAGAUUCAUUGUCACGCAAAGCAUGCGCUGUACAUUGCAAAAGAAACCACUCUCUGGCUGUCAGCCACCAAUGUGUGCUUGGACCCACUUAUUUAUGUUUUCUUGUGUAAGGUGUUCCGGAAAAGACUGACAAACACAAUCUGUAAAACCACUGUGGACUCUCCAACAGCAACAUCCACACAGCUGCAGAUGCUACAAAUCAACCACACAGUUACACUUUCACACAACGGAGUGUCAUCGUUACCCUCUGAACACAGUGAAUAAUUCUACACGAUUGUGCAAAAUCAUCAUGACAGACUGUUUUCUCUAAAUAAAAAGUUUGCAAGUCUUGUAUAUAUUCCAAAAAUAAAAAAACAAGCUUUUUGAGUUUAAGGGAAUACAGAAUGAAAGAAAAAGGAAAAAUGCAGUUGUAAUUCAUUUUUAUGCAACCUAUUAUUACUAUUUUUGUUCCAAGGAAGUGCUUUUGUCCACUGUUUGCUAACUCAUGCAGCACAUUUCCUUAUUUUGCUUACUGUCAUUUCGUACAUCCUGCCCUCUAAUCUUGUACAAACUGUGUUUUUCCUUUGCAAAACUUUGGGUACAGAGUGACCAUCUUGACGCGGGUAAUUUCCCUCUGAUUACUUCUGUCUGAUGGGAAAUGACAGCAAAGAAAAAAAAGGCUGCAGCGGCAGCUAUUUAAAUUUCUGUAAAUAUUUUAACAGGUAUUGUUACUAUUAUAAUUAAUAAAAUAUAUUUUUUCUUUUGUUAAAACUGUAUUAUAGUCAUUUUUGUAUUUUAAAUGUGCUGUCAUUUUAAUAAACAGUCAUUACUAAACA